GACAGGAGCCAGUUUUUUGAACCGUCUCGUUCACGAUCGACACAUCACUACAGGCGCUACCCUGGCCUUGCAACAAUGUGUGUUUGUGCCGGUCUGCUAUAGCAACCGUCAAGUGGAUUCAGCAACACGGAGGAAGGGUCCUGGGCGAAGCUGCUGAAUGGGAAUCCUCCUGUCACACAUCAUCUCUGCGGUCUGAACAUCAUCUCUGAGUGAAGCAGUCAAUAUGGAUGAUGCUGGCAGGACCAGUGACGUUCAGGCGGAGCUGGACUCGGUGGAGACAGAGCUGGAGUUGGUGGAGCUGCAGAUCGCAGAUCUCCUGCAGAAGCAGGCCGACCUGACCACACGUAAGAACGCCCUGCUGCAGCAGCUGGAGGAGGCCUGUGACGCUGCACAGCCGGCGUCCUCUUCAUCCUCCUCAUCCUCGUUUUCCUCUAAGUCAUCUGGAGCUGGUCCAGUAAUGAGCAGGCAGGAGCUACAGCGCUAUGACAACACCGAUUUUCCAUGGUCCAAAGAACUGGAACAGCACCUGAAGGACUCAUUCCAUCUCUCCAAGUUCCGACCGCUGCAGCUGAGGGCCAUCAACCUGACCAUGUCAGGCCGGGAUCUGUUCCUGGUGAUGCCCACAGGAAGAGGGAAAAGCCUUUGCUACCAGCUGCCUGCAGUCUGCUCCAAGGGUUUUACAUUGGUCGUCACUCCUCUGGUGUCCCUGAUGGAGGACCAGAUCAUGUACCUAAAGUCCAUCAACGUGUCAGCAGCCAUGCUUAAUGCAUCCAGUAGCAAGGAGCAUGCCAAGACUGUCAUGGCUGGAAUGACAGAUACCAAAGCUCCUUUCAAGCUGGUGUACGUGACUCCAGAGAAGAUCGCCAAGAGCAAGCUGCUCAUGUCUCGCCUGGAGAAAGCCUACAAUGCAGACCUGCUGAGUCGUAUCGCUGUGGAUGAGGUGCACUGCUGCAGCCAAUGGGGACAUGACUUCAGACCAGAUUAUAAACUGCUGGGCAUCCUGAAAAGGCAGUUCCCUAAAGUCCCGCUGCUCGGGCUCACAGCCACGGCAACCAGCAGCGUCCUCAAGGACUGCGAGAAGAUCCUGUGUGUGAAACAGCCAAUCACACUCACCGCUUCCUUCAACCGCACCAACCUCUACUACGAGGUUCGUAUUAAAGGUUCUGACGAUGCAUCAAAAAAUGACAUUGCCUCUCUGAUCAAGAACAGAUACAAGGACCAGUCAGGCAUCGUGUAUGUGUUCUCUCAGAAGGAUGCUGAGUCACUGUCGUCUGAACUCCAGCAGAGAGACAUCCUGGCCUAUCCCUACCAUGCCAACAUGGACCCUGACGACAAAUCUCGUGUUCACCGAAAAUGGACCUCCAAUAAAAUUCAGGUGGUGGUAGCCACAGUGGCGUUCGGGAUGGGCAUCGACAAACCUGACGUCCGGUUUGUCAUCCAUCACACCAUCAGCAAGUCCAUCGAGAACUACUACCAAGAGAGUGGACGUGCAGGUCGAGAUGACAGUCAAGCAGACUGCAUCGUCUACUUUGGCUUCUCUGAUAUCUUCAGGAUCAGCACCAUGGUGGUGAUGGAGAACGUUGGUCAGCAGAAGCUGAAGCAGAUGGUGGAUUACUGCCAGAACAUUGACAGGUGUCGGCGCUCUCUCAUGGCUGUUCACUUUGAUGAAGUGUGGGAUGAUGAAGGAUGCCACCAGAUGUGUGAUACUUGCCGUCAUGUAAAAGACUUCACCACGGUGGAUAUCACCGGGCAUGCCAGGCAGGUGGUGCAGAUCGUGGAGCUGGCAUCAUCCAUGGAUGAGAAACUAACCCCUCUGAAGCUGGUGGAGGCGUGGAUAGGGAAAGGCCCAGCCAAGCGCAGGAAGAUGAUCCAGACCACCACGCUGUCUCGGCUGCAGGCUGAAGCAGUGGUUGUGCGGCUGCUGCUGCAGGAAUAUCUCAGAGAGGAUUUCAGCUUCACUCCGUACACCACCUACUUCUACGUGAAGCUGGGCCGCAAAGCUCCUCUGCUCAAGAGCCAGACGCACACAGUCAGUAUGAAGAUGGAGACAACGGGGACUGGAUCUGCUGUGGUAAAAGCUGUGAGUGGCCAGGGCAAAGCCAAAGAGGGAAAGAGAUCAGUUCAAAGUGCUGGAGACGCCCCUGUGUCCAAGAAAGUCAAGACACAGCUCCCCUAACCCCCCACCCUGUCCAGAGGACAAGCUGACAAAGACUCAUCCACAGUUCAAGCCAAUGAAGAGAUCGAUGUGACCUUUGACCCCGUUGUCUUCGAUGACAGCUGUCCCCCACAAGCCAAACAGAAACUAUGCAAAGAACAGAGGAACCUGUCCAGAAAACAAGACCUGAAACCAGUCAGCCAGACAGAAAGGUGGACAGAGAGAGCAAAGAACCAGCUGACAGAUGAAGAGGAGAGUUCCAUCACUCCUCAGUAUGCCAUCGAGGUUGAUGUUGAAAUUAAGAUAGAUAACAUUGAUGGUCAGAAAACACCGUCACAUCCAGUUAAACCUUGUUCCAAACGCAAAUCCACCACCCCUCAGAGAGUGAGGAGGAAACCCCGUGCUGACAGAGCAGCAGCAGCUGUUCCCUCCCCAUCCCCAGGGGGCGACAAUGUGCCCAGCUCGCCUUCACAGGCCUCCAUGAUUUCUGAAACUGCCAUAGAGGAGCUGUGUAACCUGAGGAACUACUACAGCAAGCAGCUGAGAAGAAUAAACUAUGUUUCCCAUGAAUACCUGGGGAGGCCAGCAGAGUCUGGUGUGCUAGCGUGCAUCAGGGAGCCCCUGAGGAGCCUCCGUCUGCCCCGGAGGGCGACCAUCGCCCAGACAGCCCGCAGCCUGUGGACACGUGUCAGCGGCCGGAGGAAGCUGCUUCACCGGUGACGUCACAGAUGUUCAGUGACCUGCAGUGACGUCACAGAUGUUCAGUGACCUGCAGUGACGUCACAGAGGUUCAGCCAGCUGCAGCGACGUCACAGAGGUUCAGCCAGCUGCAGGUGGAUGAUGACCUGCUGUCACAGUGAGAGGAGCAGCUAUGUGAAGGAUUUUAAAAUGUGACUUUGGAGCCAUCUGGUGGCUGUUGACCUCUGUUACACAACACAUCUGACAUGAAUAGACUAAAAGCAACACGUGAUGACACAAACUAAAACAUACAAACACUGUAUGCUCUGAGAAUAAUUAGAAAGAUGUGAGAUAGAAAAUCAUCACUUGCUGUUUUAAUAAUGAAAUGAAAGUCUGAAAAUGAUCUGUCAAUCACACUGUUUGUCAAUUAUUAGAACUAUUGCUAUUUGUCAUGUUAAAUGAGCCAAACAUCGACCACCAGUGCACUGCUAACAUCAGCUAAUCAGGCUAGUUAGCUAGCAUCAGAGCACUUCAUGAUUAAGAUCACUUCAUCAUCCCUUCAUCAUCAUCACUUCAUCUUAAUCUGUCCUGUAAGUUCCCGUUCAGUUUGUGUCCUGCUUGACCGUACAGAGUAUUCUAAUACUUCCUCUCUCCUUCUUUUUCCUCACACAAAGUUUUGUGAUGUUGGUGCUGAAGCUGCAGAGAGCUGAAUUGAAUGUGAUGUGAAAAUAGAAGUGCAUAUUAACUGUUCACAGUUCACUUUCUUACUGUGACAGCUGGAGGGAUCAUUGCUGGAGACAGCGUGGCUUUGUGUGUUGUAUAUUGUUUAAAGAUUUGGCACAUGCUGCUGUGUUUAAUCUGUUAGUCUGUGAGAAUAAUUCUCGAGGUUGAAUAUGGAUUUCUUCAGUUACAUCAACAUAUUUCAUCAGGGAAAAAAGUGUAAAUUAAGUUUUUUAACUUGAGCCUUGCUGGUGAGUCAGCAAGAUGGUGUUUUCACUGACAACAGCACUAAUGUUCAUCAAAAUACUGUAUUAUCUGUUUUUCUAUUCGCUCUAACCUCAAUAAAAUGAAUGUUUUUGUUAUAU